AUGGACUAUGAAAUUAUAAAGAAUGAUAAAAAAAAAAGAAUUGGAAUAUUGACGAGUGGUGGUGAUUCACCUGGAAUGAAUGCCGCUGUUAGAUCAAUAGUAAGAGUUGCUAUUGCACGUGGAUGUGAACCAUAUGCAAUUUUUGAGGGUUAUCAAGGUUUGGUUCAAGGUGGCGACAAAAUAAAAAAGUUUGGGUGGGGUGAUGUUAGGGGUUAUUUGGCAAUAGGUGGUACACUUAUAAAAACUGCUCGUUGUAAAGAAUUUCAAGAACGUGAUGGCAGAUUAAAAGCAGCAUACAAUUUGAUUAAGAAUGAAAUAGAUUCAUUAAUUGUGUGUGGAGGUGAUGGUUCGUUGACUGGCGCAGAUAUUUUUAGAUCAGAAUGGCCUGGGUUGAUAGAAGAAUUGGUUAAAUUGGGAAGAGUUACAAAGGAAGAGGCAGCAUCUCAUAAUAAUCUAACAAUUGUAGGAAUGGUUGGUUCAAUUGAUAAUGAUAUGUCAUCAACUGAUCUGACUAUUGGAGCUGUUACCUCGUUACAUCGAAUUUGUGAAGCUGUUGACUGCAUUUCAUCUACAGCUUAUAGUCAUUCACGUGCUUUUAUCAUUGAAGUGAUGGGAAGGAAUUGUGGUUGGUUGGCAUUAAUGGCAGCAAUUAGUACCAAUUCAGAUUUUGUUUUUAUUCCUGAAAGUCCACCAUCAUCAGAUAAUUGGGAAGAAGAAAUGUGUCAACAUCGUAAUCUUGGAAAAUUUAGAACUAUCGUGAUUGUUGGAGAGGGUGCUAUUGAUAAAAACUUGCAACCAAUAAAAGCUGAUUACAUCAAAGAUCUUUUAAAAAAUAAUAUGGGUCUUGAUACCAGAGUUACAACAUUGGGUCAUAUACAACGUGGUGGAAGACCAUGUGUCUUUGAUAGAAAUCUUGCAACUUUACAAGGUUAUGAAGCAGUAAAAGCAGUUCUUAAUGCAACGCCUGAUAGUGAAUCACCUAUGAUUGGAAUUAAAAAAAACAAGAUUACAUGUGAACCUUUAAUGAAAGCAGUUAAAUUAACACACCAAAUUGCAAAGGCUGUUGAAAAAAAGGAUUUUAAACAAGCUAUGGAAUUACGUGAUUCAGAAUUUAUCGAUGCUUUUGAUGCAUACAAAGCAGUCAUAUUCACUGAUGGCUAUGCAUCUAAAUUAGAAGAAUCUAAGCAUCUUCGUAUUGGAAUAAUCCAUGUUGGUGCGCCAGCUAGUGGAAUGAAUGCAGCAACAGCUGCAGCUGUUCGAUAUGCACUUAAUCGAGGUCAUAUUCCUGUUGCAAUAUUUAAUAGUUUCAAGGGUCUUUUAGAAGACAACCUCCGAGAAUUUUCUUGGAUAGAUGUUGAUGGUUGGACUCCUAAAGGUGGCUCAGAACUUGGCACCAAUCGAAGUGAACCUGAUACAGAUAUUGGAAUGGUGGCAUACCAAUUUCAAAAACACAGAAUUGAUGCUUUACUCUUGAUUGGAGGUUUUGAAGCUUACAACUCGCUUAUCAAAUUGAAUAAUGCUCGGAAUAUUUAUCCAGCAUUUUGUAUUCCUAUGAUUUGUUUGCCUGCUACCAUAUCAAACAAUGUUCCUGGCACAGAUUAUUCCUUGGGCAGUGAUACGAGUUUAAAUACUAUAGUUGACUGUUGUGAUACAAUCAAACAAUCUGCCUCUGCUUCCAGAAGAAGAGUUUUUGUGGUUGAAUUACAUGGCGGUUAUUGUGGUUAUUUGACGGUUUUGGCCGGACUUGCGGUUGGAGCAACAAGUACAUACAUUCCAGAAGUAGGAUUAUCUUUAAAGACUCUUCAAUCGGAUGUUGAUCAUUUGAAUAGAAGAUUUAGUGAAGAUAAAAAAGGUGCAGGUUCAGGACGUUUAAUUCUCAGAAAUGAAUGUGUGUCUACUACCUAUACAACAAAUGUAAUAGCUGAUAUUAUUCAAACUGAAGCUCAUGGACUAUUUGAUUCCAGAACAAGUAUUUUAGGUCACAUUCAGCAAGGUGCUACUCCAUCACCUUUAGAUCGUAUUCGAGCAACUAAACUUGCGGUAGCGUGUGUUAAAUUUUUGGAAAAUCAUGCGUUUUCUUCAACUUCUACCAUUACUGCUACAUCAAAAAAGUUAUUAUCACCAUCAUCACAUUUACUGCCACCUCAAACUUCCGUUGCAAAACCAAGGGUUUACACCAAUGUUAAAGAAUCUGCUGCUGUGAUUGGAAUUGAUGGUGAACAUGUCGUUUAUCGGCCUGUUAUUGAUUUACUGCCAGAAACUGAUAUGGAUAGACGUAAAAGCACUAAAGCUUGGUGGAUUCAAAUAAAAGGCUUAGUAGACUUGUUAUCAAAAUGGGGUUAUUCUGACAAGAAAGAAGAAGUGGAUCAAUUGUUUCAUGAAGUUAAUGAUAUAUUUAUGCAAGAAUAA